AUAGCGACGCGUCGCUUCACGUGCCGAAUGAAUGUAACCUACAAAUGACAAUAGCGGCGGAGUGGUAUGACGACUGACUGACGCGACGUUGCCGCUCUGUGCAAACGGCAUUUGCGUCGUGCGGCGCGCGCAGUAGUACGUCGCCGCCAGUCGACUGACGCGCAAACUUGCCAGGCACUGUAGUAAUUAUUUAUUGCUAUUUUGUAUAACAAAAUGGCAUCCGCGGCAGUGAAUUUUGUUAAAGUUAUAGAAGAAUAUCCAUGUUUAUAUAACAAUAAACUGCCGGAAUACUCCAGGAAAGAUGUAACGGAUAAAGCUUGGUUGGAAGUGGCACAAAGAACAAACACUUCUGUGUAUGAUUGUCAAAACAAGUGGAAGAACAUAAGGAACGGAUUUGUACGCAGCCUGAAACCAACUCCGUGUGGUUCAUCUACAAAACAAAAGAAACUAUAUUAUCUAUAUGAAGAACUACAGUUUCUUCUUCCUUUUGUAAAAGCAAUUAUUUAUACCAAUGAUUCGGAUAAUAUUCCUCAAAAAGAAGUCUCCGAUGAAUCAAGUUCUUCAGGUGAAGAUGUACCACCAUGUACAUUGGAAAGACCAUCUUCUAGAUCCGGUAAAUCAAACUCAUUUAACAAAAAGUCUAAAAUAAGAAAAGUUGCCUAUGAUACGGAUAGAGUAAUCAUCGAUUACAUAAAAAGGAAAGAGUCAAAGCUUGUCAGCGCAAGGAAAAUGUUUCUGCUGAGUUUAUUACCAGAUGUGGAAAAAUUAUCUGCAGAGCAAAUGAGAAAAUUUCGAAUCAAGACGUUAUUGUUACUUGAAGAAAUUCAGUCAGAGCAAUCUUGAAACAUUUGUAACCUUAUAGUUGGUACUUUAAGUAACGUACUUAUUGUUUAUUUUUUUUAUUAAAAUACAUUUACUAUAAUAA